GCAAUACCUUUAUAAUCAGAAGGAGCGAGGUUAUUUCUUGUGAAGUAGAAUUUUCCCCAACACAUGUUAGUAAUGGUUAGAAACCAAAUAAAAAGCAUAUUGUCGUUAUUACUAAAUUAGUAGAAACGCCUCUUGAGGAUUUGGAGCGUUCAUUCGAUGUUUCAUGCUUCUUUUUUCCCUCUUUAUUUCCUAAAGCUAUAGGAAAUUAUAACCGAAUCGGCACAUGAUAGACUCUGAAUCGAUGUAUGGACGCUGGGCAAAUUCAAGCUCACCUGAUGUUUAUAACAAACCUUCUCUGGAUAUCUAGUAGUUCAUCAAUACAUCAGGGGGUGGCAAGAUUUGCAUAUAGUGUGGCUGUACUUGGCUCGUACGACGUAUCGAUAUGAUACCCAGGUCUCUUGGGAAUAAUAGAGAGAGAGGGGAAAUAUUCAGAAUUCAAUCCUAACAACCGGAUUUUCUAAAUAUGUGGAAAGUAAUUGUUUUCUUAGUUGUUUCUGGAAUGGGACUUAGGAUCAAAGCUGAUGACAGCGUCAAAGUAGCCGUUUUACCAGAAUGGUGGCAGUAUGUCCGAGGUGUAAUCUCUAGAUCUCAAAUGUCGUCUACCCAGCUCAUAAAUCUAACGAUUGGAACAUACAACAGUCAAUACGAAGCGAUAGAAGGAGUUCAAACAUAUUUGAAUGAGAGUGAGACUGAUGUUAUUAUUGGUCCAUGUAUCCGAUCAAUCAGUGUUGCUGCUGAAGAAUUGAGGAUCCCAUAUCUCUGUGUUACGUCUGAAACGGAAAUGGAAUUGUGCACUUUUAAACUACUCCCAGUCCUCUCUGAUUUCAUCGAAGCAAUGACGAAACUAGUAUACAGCCAAUUUAGACGACAAGGGAAAGCUGAACCGAAAACCAUCAUCUACGAGGGAAAGAAAGGUUUCCAUUUUGAUGUCGAAUUGUUAAAUAAUCCAUUGACUACCAGAGUAUGGGUUAUGAACGAUGAAGACACAGACGACAAACGAAGGACAAUUACGCAUUACUUAAUGCUCAUGCGCAAAGAACUGAUUCGAGAAAUCAUAGUUAUCUGUGAUACAGAAACUGUCAAAAUAUUACUCGAAACGGCCUGGGAACUAGCUAUGCUAAGCCUUCCGUUUAGAUGGUAUUUCUAUGAUCCUGCAUUUCAAUUACGUCCCAUUCUGGAAAACCUGCCUCGAUUUGAAAACAGCUUUACGGUCUUCACUCUUAUACCAUACCAUGACCAGACGACAUUUGCUUCACGUGAUAUUGACCUAAACACGAUAUUGAUGUUAGAUGCCAUUUCAGUGGUUUCUAAUAUUUCCCACAAUUUUACUUCCGAUGAGAAACGACAGGUGAUCCUUUCAGCGAUGGAAAAAAAAUCUUUUCGAGGUCUCACCGGAAGUAUUCGUUUUGAUGCGAAUCACCAGCGGAUGAACUACAAUAUAAACAUGGUUCAUUUUGAUGGAUCAAAGUAUUUCAAGUUAGGUUCAUGGGAGUCAGGGGACUCCCCCUACCAAAGAGGUGUAAAACUGGAGAAUUCCCCUGACGUUGAGCGCUGGAGAAACAGGAACCAAACGUACACAUUUCCUCUAAAGGGAAGAACAAUUAAAGUUGUAACUAUUAUCGAGGAACCAUUUGUGAUGUACAAAAAGGGAUAUGAAAAUAUGACAGGAAAUGAUAGGUUCGAGGGAUACUGUGUAGAACUACUGCACGAGCUGUCCAAAAUUCUCGAUUUCAAGUAUGAACUUUAUCUGGUCCACGACAAUAAAUUCGGAGCCAGACUUUCAGAUGGCAGUUGGAAUGGAAUGAUCGGCGAAGUUCUUGCGGGGAAUGCUACAAUGCUUGUUGCCUCGCUGAGUGUGAACGCUGGACGCGAGGAGGCGAUGGAUUUCACUAAACCCUUCAUGACGAGAUACGUCACACUGAUCAUGAAGAUACCGGCCACGAAGACAAGAGUCUUCGAAUUUCUGUCCCCUUUAUCUCACACAAUAUAUCUGUGUACUCUUAGUGCUUGUAUUGUAGUUGCUUGUAGUUUGUAUUUCUUCGAGAGAAAUAGUGUUUUCGAAAAACGAGAAAAAGUAACCUUUAAAGAGUGUGUAUGGUAUAUUUUUGGAACUCUUUUAGAAGGAGGUACAGAAGGUACACCAACUACUACUUCCGGGCGUAUUCUGAUUUAUACUUGGUGUUUCUUCGUUUUAAUACUGGUCGCUUCAUACACUGCUAACUGGGCAGCAUUUCUAACUGUUGAACAAUUUAAAGCACCUGUUAAAUCAGUGUACGAUUUAACUUCACAAAAAGAGAUUCAGUAUGGAACCGUAAGGAGUAGUGCUAUUUUAUCGUUCUUCAAAACCUCCAAUGUGGAAACCUUCAGAAAGAUUGGAAAUGAGAUGAUCAACAAUGCCUCCAACAUCGUGGCCACCUCGGCGGAGGGAUACCAGAGAGUUAGUGCAGGGGGCUAUGGCUUUUUCUGGGAUUCUACUGUCAAUUCAUAUAAAAUCAACAGAGAAUGUCAGUUGACAACGAUAGGACCCGACUUCGCACCCCGAGGAUACGGGGUAGGCGUUCCUCCAGGUGCCACAUAUUUAGAGGAACUGUCAAUCAACAUUCUCCGGUUAGGCGACAAAGGAUUUCUUGACGAAUUACAGCAGAAAUGGUGGGGAGAGCGAAAAUGUCUCAGUGACGAAGAAGAGGACGAGAAGAAUACAAGCGGACUGAAAUUAGAAAAUGCCGCGGGAUUAUUUUUCGUGCUUGGGGCCGGAAUCCUUUUAUCUGUUUUUGUUUUAUUUAUACAGAACUGCAUACGGAAUAUCAGACCGGACAUUAGAACCGGUAAAAACGAAACUGUGACUUAAUAUGUGUGGAAUACGUCCUUUUAUUUCUACGUAUAGGGAAGUAUACCCAAUGGAAACCCCGCGAAAAGAAAUAGUGCUAGAAAAAGAAUGUGAAAAGAUAGUUGAAUAUGUGAAUGAAUGAAUGGGUUGACGACUAUAAACUGAUAUUGAAAAAGUGUAGAUAUUAUACAAACCAGGGUCAUGGUUUCAUUAUAACAGGCUGGUAUCUGUUAUAUGUAUAUUGCAUGUGUGAUAUCUGAUAUAUUUGUAGUAGAAUUGCUGUCACUAUUCAUAAUUAUGGACCUGUUCCUUUGAUAGGUUUGUGUGUGUGGUCGACUUGUUUAUCAUGUACAUACGUUAAGCACAUAGAAGGUAAAGUUUUGUGGUAUCAAAUUAAUUUGUUGUAGAAUUGCUGUCACUAUUGAUGAUUAUAACAUUUUUAUGGGUUUGUGUGUGUAUGUGUGUGGUUGAUAUUGUUAAUCGAAAAAUAUGAUAUUUCGUUUGUAAAAUGAUCGUGUGUUGCGUAACAUUUACUGCUUACUUGAUCUCUUUUGCAGAUCUAGACAACAUUGUAUACAAAUUAUACAGCAUGUUAUACAUGUGUCGUUUUCCAUGAAUAAAUUUAGAGCCUAAUUCAGCCAUAACACUCAA